CUCCAAACAUUUCUCUCUUCCUAACUACUGAAUCAAAUAUGGCUGAACUUAUUGUUGGUCCUCUUAUGGAUGUCAUGAUAUCCAAGGUGAUUUCAGUUACUACUGAGCAACUCAACUUAGCAGUGGGAUUCGAACAGCAGCUCGAGAAGUUGCCUGGGAUGCUGGGAAUGCUAAAGGGCGUGCUACAAGAUGCUGAACAGAAGAAGGUGAGUCACUCUGGUAAAAAUGUUAGGAGUAGGGUUCUUAUCACAACUCGAAGUGAAAAGGUAGCUUGCACAAUGGGAACACUUUCUGAGCACAUGCAUCAUCUUGAGAAGCUAGCGGAUGGGGAUUGUUGGUCCAUAAUCAAGCAGAGAGCAUUUGUCAGCUCAUCAUUCUCUUUAGAAUUGGAGGGGAUUGGAAGGGAUAUUGCUAGCAAAUGUAGAGGUCUAGCAUUAGCUGCAAAUGUUAUUGGAGGGAGUUUGUGUAAUAGUAGGAAGAAGGAUGACUGGUUAUUGGUUAAAAAUAGCAAUGAAGUAUGGGGUUCAAUAGAAGAAGCUAAUGGAGUUUUGCGAGUGUUGCAGUUGAGUUUCAAUCGUUUGCCAACACUUGUUCUAAAACAAUGUUUUGCUUUCUGCUCUAUUUUCCCAAAAGGUUUUGUCCUGGAAAAGGAGAUGUUAAUCCAGCUUUGGAUGGCUGAAGGAUUUCUUCAGCCAUUUCAGUCAUUUAGUGAAACACAGUUGGAGAUGGAGGAUAUUGGUGAUAAGCCUUUGAAAGGAAUAUGGGAUUUACUCAAUUUGAGACACAUUUAUUUCAAUGAUAGAGAGCUUAUGCCAGCAAGGAUUGGUAGACUAACUUGUUUGAAAACAUUACAAUUAUUUGUUGUGGGCCGACAGAAGGAACAUCAAAUUGAAGAAUUGAGAUGUUUAAGUCAACUCAAGGGAAAAUUAGAGAUUUGCAAUUUGCAUAUGGUUAGAGACAAAGAAGAAGCCAUUGGAGCAAGACUUUCUGAAAAGGCUACAAUUCAGGAGUUGCAAUUGGCGUUUGGUGGGGAAUCCAAUGGUAGUGAAGAUAGAUGCAAACAUGAUGAAGAUAUCUUGGAAGGCCUCCAACCUCAUUCAAAUUUGAAAGGCCUCAUUGUUGAAUGCUAUUGUGGUAAAAGUUGUCCUACAUGGAUGUCAGAAAUAGAAAACCCAAUGUCAGAAAGAGUGAAUUUUCUCAAAAAUCUAGUGUUCAUAUCCCUUUAUCAAUGUCCCUGGUUGGAAAGAAUUCCAUCACUUUCACUCAACGAUGAGGCAAAGGUGGAAAUUAACUAUUGCAAGAAUUUGAAAAGCAUUGCAUGUUCGUCCCUUCAGAAACUCAUCAUUGAGGGAUGUGAAGAACUGGUUGGGGUAAAGGUUGGACCAGUUGCCAUGAAGUCUCUCAAAGAAGUACAUAUAGAGAGAUGUGGUCUGACGUCUCUUCCGAGCCCCCAUGUGCUUUCUUCUCUUCAAAAAGUUCAAAUAUACUAUUGUGGGGAAUUGAAAAGCAUAGGGGAGAGUUUAUCUAUUGCCACGUGUCUCAAAGGGUUGACUCUAUCGGGUUGUAAAGGUCUAACAUCCCUUCCUAGUCUCCAUUGGCUUUUUUCUCUUCAAACUUUAUUGAUAAGGGAUUGUGGUGGAUUAAGAAGUUUGCCAAGUGGGUUGCCAUCAUGCACUGCCCUUGAGGAAUUGGCUAUCGCUAACUGCCAUAAUCUAAUCUCUAUUCCAGAUGAUUUGAGGAGGAGUUGGAGCAUUCCUAACCCUGCCUGUCUUGCUCGCUUGAAGAAGCUGACUAUUGGUGGUUUCUCAACAGAGCUCAAGGAAUUUCCAGAUCUGGGCUUCAUCUGAUCUCAUCUUGAAGAAUUGACUUUGAUUGCAUGGGGAAAACCAAGAGAACGUCUGCUGGAUCAAAUUCAACACUUGACUGCCCUUAGUUAUCUCAAAAUAUGGGAUUUUGAUUGACUGGAAGCUUUGCCAGAAUGGUUUGGAAGCUUAUCCUCUCUUCAAACUCUAUGGAUUUUGAACUGCAAA